AUCAACAACAAAUCCCUAAAACGAAAAAUGCCGGAAGUGGAAGCUCCUCUGCCGACGACGGAAAUGGAGGAACCUCAAAAUGAUGGAAACACCCUCGACAAAGCUCCUGUGGUUCUGUCGAAGAACGCGCAGAAGAAGAUGCUGAAGCAGCAAAGGUGGGAGGCGAAGAAAGCGGAGAAGAAGGCGCUGGAGAAGGAACAGAAGAGGAGGGAUGGCGAGAGGAAGCGGAAGGAAUGGGAGGAGAGCCUCGCCGGCAUCACGGAGGAGGAGAGAGCGAAGCUGGUGGAGUCCCGAAGGAGCCUCCGGAAGGAGAGGAUGGAGAAGUGGUUGCAGGAGAAAGAGUGCAAGAGAGAGAGGCUCUUUCGAGCCAGAGAGCAAGGCCAAAACGUCGUCAUCGAUCUCCAGUUCUCUCAUCUCAUGACCCCUAACGAAAUACACAGCCUCGUUAAGCAGAUUAUGUAUUGUUAUGCAGUAAAUGGAAAAUGCACUUCCCCUGCUCAUCUUUGGCUGACUGGAUGCAAUGGAGAAAUUGAAGACCAAGUAAAAAGGAUCCCAGGCUUUGACAAGUGGAUAAUUGAGAAGGAAAAUAAAUCCUAUAUUGAAGCCUUGCAAGAUUGUAAGGAAGAUUUCGUAUAUCUCACAGCAGAUUCAGACACUGUUCUUGAAGAACUUGAUUUAAAGAAGAUAUAUAUUAUCGGUGGUUUAGUGGAUAGGAACCGGUGGAAGGGGAUAACCAUGAAGAAAGCACAAGAGCAAGAAAUCCAGACAGCUAAACUCCCAAUAGGAAAUUUCAUGAAGAUGUCUAGUUCUCAGGUUCUUACUGUGAAUCAAGUUUUCGAAAUAUUACUCAAGUUCCUGGAGACAAGGGAUUGGAAAGCUUCUUUCUUUGCAGUUAUCCCUCAAAGGAAAAGAUUUCUAGCCGAUUCAGAAGGAAAUGCAGAAGAAAUAAUUGAGGAAGAAAAUGAACAAGAAGAAGAUCUGACGGCAAGUGUUGAGGAGGUCCCUUCUAACAGUUAGAAACUUAGAAUGGUCACUGUUGAUCUCCUCCUGGCCAUUGCAUGGAGUGCACAACUGGAAAACCAACAUAUCGAGACAGAAGUUUCAAAUCAGAGUUUCCCCUGCACUCUUCAUACUGAUGUAGAGAAUUAGCAUAAUUUUUGUGUGCUUUUUGACAAAUCUGUAACCGGAUUCUACAUCUGGUGUUACUUCUGAAGUUAUUCUAUGAGAAUGACCCAUUUUGGAAUGUUGUUCUUCGGCUUUUGGAUUAAUUUAGUAAUUUAGUUAUGUAGUGAUGGUAAUGAGCAAAUAGACCAUCUAUGCGGGGUAGUUGUC